AUGCGGCAGUUUGGAUCCUUUUCGCCGGCGGCAGCACGAUUCCUGUCUUUAUCGCCAUCUUUGAGGCGACAAGGGGCCGAUCACGCUGCCAUAGUCUUCCCCCGAUGUGGUUCUUUGUUGGUCCCUAGUCGUUGUUACUUUUGGCCGUUCAAUGAAGACUUUGUUCCCAGAGGGGCGACGACGAGCGGCUUUCAGUCGAGCGCCUCACCGAAAACGCGGCAGCGGAUACUGCAGGAGUACGCGCUGAGUCCUCUUUUUGGGGCGCGCGUGCCGUGCUGUACGCUGGGAAGCAUGAGGUCCCCGAGGGAGAUGGUGAGCAGUAAGAAGGAGAUUUCGCUGUUUUUGUGUGAGCUUGUGCGCAUGCGGGCGGGCAGCAUCACUCUUGGACCGUUAAUUCAGACAACAGACAUGAUGUUGUUUAAACCAGACACGCCGUUGAGUCCGCGAUUGGGCGACGAUCGGAAGAGCGGCAUGCACACGUACGCUCGGAAGCCGAUUGCAGCACGAACUCUGAUGGAUGUGUUUCUGCCGGAGGAUAUUGCGCUGGACGAGGUGGUUGCAAUCGGGCACCUCGUGCAGGAAAAGUUGCUGCUGGCACGGAGUGAUCAAAACGGGAUGUCCUCUGAUGCAAGUGGGAGUGCUGCUCCUGUUGUCACCAGUGGGAUGGAUGAUGAGGCAUGCAUGCUGGUGGGUCGCAUGGGCAUUGUGUACUGCGAGGUCCCGCCGCUGGACGAAAGUGGAUUUGUGUUCGAUGCGGUGUGCGGGGUCAACAUCGACGCUGAUGAGGCGGAGCGUGUCGUGCGGCGGUGGCAAGAGCGGGACGAUUUCCAGCAGACAGGCCAGCCAUCUCCCACAUGA